UCAUUGCGGAAUCUGAUUCCACACAGUCAACAUCUCAGCAGCCUAGAGCAACCCAACGCAAACUCUACUCCUCAAACGGAUUAUCAUGACGAGUGUAUGCAGCAGCUACCAGCACUACCAGCUGACCAACGGCAACAUCAUGCAGCUGAUGCACCACCAGCAGGGGCAGCAGCACCAACACCAACAGCUGAUUGCCCCCAAGAUGCCGCUGGGCAACAGCCAGCUCCAGAACAUGCAGCAGCACCAGCAGACGAGCAGCUCUGCCGGCCCCAUGCUGUCGAAGAAGUCGAAGUACAACAACUACAACCCGAUGCCCUAUGGAGAGCCCCAGAUGCCAUCGGUGGCACGUCGCAAUGCUCGUGAGCGCAACCGCGUGAAGCAGGUGAACAACGGCUUCGUCAAUCUGCGCCAGCACCUGCCCCAGACGGUCAUCAAUGCCCUGUCAAAUGGGGGACGUGGCGCCAGCAAGAAGCUGUCCAAAGUAGACACCCUCAAGAUCGCCGUGGAGUAUAUACGCGGUCUGCAGGACAUGCUCGGCGAUGGCCAGCCCCGUCCGAUCUACAGCUCCGGCGAUGAGAGCAGCAACGAUGGCACAUACAACGACAACUACAGCAGCCUGGACAGCCCCCAGUCGCAGUUCGUGGUCGCGCAGUCGCACUCGUACCACUCGGCCUCGCCCACACCCUCGUACAGUGACGAUUCCGAUGUAUCAGCCAGCUACGUGAAGCAGGAGAUGCCCGAUCACGAGCACGAUCAUCAGCAGCAGCACCACCACCAGCACCAGCACCAGCAUCAGCUCAAGUUCGAGUCCUUCGAGAGCUUCAGCGACGAGCAGCCCGACGAUGAGGAGCUCCUCGACUACAUCUCCUCGUGGCAGGAGCAGUAAAAGUGCACAGGAGCACACGAGCAGGAGAUCCCAGCGAUCCCAGCCAUCCCAGAGAGCAAGCCAAAAAUACCCCAAAACCUGUACAAAAUGUAAAUAUUCAAAAUGUUGCCUUAGUGAGUGAGAAGCGAAGAAGAAACCAAGUCCCAGAUUCUAUAUCCCCAGUUUUUAAGACCCUUUUUUUUUGGAAGCUAGCAUUAAGCAUGGAAGACAAUGAUAUAAAACAAUAUUUUUUUGCUAGUUGUAAGUUCUGUUAUAAGCAUGGAAGACACUAAACUACUCAUAAGAACCCAUUAUUGAUAUGCAAUAAUAAAAACAAACAAACAAAUCUCAAAAACAUAA